AUGCCUUUCGGAUUCCACAAAAAAGAAUACGCCGACUCCCCAAACCCCCCACCCCCAAACAAUGGCGGCGGUUUCUUCGACAAUAACCCCAACCGUCCUCAAAACCCUUCCCUCCAAACCCCCGAAUUCCGCAUGUUCCGCUCCGAUACAACCACCCAAGAAGAAAUCUUCCCGCCGUCCCAUCCUCACGGCUACAAUAACAACAACAAUAAUACAGUAACAUCUCCAACAUCUCCAGCAGACUCCCAAGCUCCUCAGAAGAAAAAACGACUUUCAUUCCUUCGUCGGAGUUCUUCGAGUGGUGGGCCACCACAGGUUAGUGGUAGUAGCGAACAUGUUCCGACUGAUUUGAUCAGUCCUACGGCUGAGGGGAGUAAAGGCGAACAAGAGGAUAAAUGGGAGUGGAGGGCCAGCCAAUUGGGACUUGGGGGCGCGGGGAAUACACCGACUAGGGAGAGGAGUAGGAGUAGGAGUUUUAGUGAUCAGGGGACUGAUAAGGAUAUUCAAGAGGCUAUUAGGUUGCAUGAGGAGGGUGACCUAGAAAACUCAACCAAACUCUUCCGCCAACUUGCCGACCCCCAAGGCGCAAAUAACCCCCUCUCACAAGUCCUCUACGGCCUAGCCCUCCGUCACGGUUGGGGUACAGCUCCCAAUUCCGCCGAAGCGAUAAAAUACCUGCAAGCCGCGGCCGCAAAUUCCGCAUCAAUAGAACAAGAAGCUCUCAGAGCCGGUAUGAAGAAGGGUGGUUCCGCAAAAGGGGAGUUGGUACUCGCUAUAUUUGAACUCGGGAAUUGUUUCAGACAUGGAUGGGGUACUGAGAAGGAUCCUGUUGCUGCGUUUAAUUAUUACCAAACGGCAGCGAAUUUGGGGGAUACGGAUGCGAUGAACGAGACCGCUUGGUGUUAUUUGAAUGGGUAUGGGUUGAAGAAGAAGGAUAAGUGGCUAGCGGCAAAGUACUACCGUCUUGCAGAAGAGAAUGGGAACAGAAUUAUGGGGAAUUCGUGGAUAUAUAAGGAUAAAUACGUUAACCCUCCAAAGUAA